AUGAGACUCUUCACUCCCCUAAUCAUCGCCUCCAAUGCCAUCUUGGCUGCGUCCCAACUCAUGGGAACACCCUCCUAUGAAUAUCUCUACACCGUCAACGCAACCCUCGGCGAACGUUGGCCGAUUGGCGACUAUGGUCAAGGUAGCCGCGUCGUGAUUCCCAUCACAGGCGGAACCUUCAAGGGACCCAAGCUUUCGGGAACAGUCACCAACCUUGGUGCCGACUGGGGUCUGACGGACACUAAGGGAGUCUUCUUCCCCGACACCCGAUAUAACCUCAGAACUCACGAUGGAGUUGAUAUUUAUAUUCAAACUUCGGGUCCGACACAGCCUGAUGGACGGACUUUACUGAGGGGCGUUUUUCAGGCGGCGCAUCCGGAUUAUGAGUGGUUGAAUUAUGUCCUUGCCGUUGGUGUUUUGCAGAGACCACCUGCUGAGAGCAAGGGCAAGUAUGUUGUUAUUGACAUGUGGGCAAUGGUUUUGCCGGACUGUAACGGGAAUUGCUAG